AUGUCUUCAAAUCUGUUACUAUCAAGCAAUUAUGAAGAUGAAGAGUUCAUAGACAUGGAGGUAAGUUCAUCGUCUUCACCAUCAAAAACCAGAGAGUUUGAAUUCCAAAAAGAUGGAAGAUCAAUGAACAAUGCCUCACCAGCAGAUGAACUUUUUUACAAAGGCAAACUCCUUCCGCUUCACCUCCCGCCACGUGUACAAAUGGUGAAAUCACUUCUUCUUCAAAAUGCUAAAGCUAAAGAUCAAGAACAAGAAGAUCAGUUCAUUACAUUUUCAACUCCUCCAUUAAUGGUGCAAUCAUGCAAUAUAUCGCCUUCUGAAUCUAGUAGGGUAAGCACUGAAUUAACCCCAGAUGAAUACUUCUUUGACUGGUCAACGGAAUUAACAGGAUUCAUCGGUGAUCAUCACAUUCACCCCACAAACAGAAACUACUACGCACCCCCAUGGUCAAAGAAGCUAAGGUUGACUCAAAAGCUUAAAGCUUCCAGAAACUAUCUCAAAUCUUUGUUUAACAAAUCUGCUUGUGGUUCAGAUGCUAAACAACCAGUAAUCCAACAGGAUUCUGAUAAAGAUAAACAUUUCUUGACCAAAUAUCUAAAAGUCAACAACAAGAAAACCGGGUUUGGCAAAUACCCGACAUUGGGAAAUGUUUUAAAGGGUAUUGAAGAUGAAGGGAAUGAAGAUGGUUUUGACAGUAGUUGCAGCAAUAGAAAGUCUUUUUCAGGGGCAAUUAAGAGAAAAUGCUCGCCGUCUUCCACGUCAUCUUCUGGUUCCUCUUCUUCUUCAUCAUCAUCGUCUUCUUUCAAUUAUUCUAAUGGGAUUUAUGAGUUGUGUAAGAGGAAUAGUACUGCUGAUUCAGAGCUUGAAGGUUCCAUUGAAGCAGCCAUUGAUCACUGUAAGAAAUCCCAACAGGUUUUGAAUCAAUCUGUGUUUUUUCCAAGUUCUGUUUUAUAA